UCAGCCUGCCUCUAUCUGGGCUCCAAACCACACUGCCAGGGUCCGACCCAGACACAGCACACCAUAGGGUCCCCACUACAGUCUCUCUGCAGCAAGAGAGGGGGAAGGAGGGGAAGAGGAAGAAGAUAGAAGGAUUCAGGGAGAUUAACAGUGAUAUAGUAUCUUUCUUUCUGAGCUCUACUUUAUUAAUCACUUUCUUCUCUCUCUCUCUCUCUCUCUCUCUCUCUCUCUCUCUCUCUCUCUCACACACACACUCUCUCUCUGUCUCUCUCUCUCUCUCUCUGUCGCUCUCUGUCUCUCUCUCUCUGUGUGUGUGUGGAGCCUCAUUGCCUUGCCAGGAUAAGUUGCCGUGUAGAGUUUGAGGAAGGAAAUAGUCAAAGCUACAAUGGGCCAACAGAAUGGAGUAUAACAUAGAUUUCUAUAAGCAUUUUGCCUGGCUGAAAAAGGUAAACCAGCGGUCCCCCGUGAACGGCGAGACUUACCAAGAACGGUUGACACGCUUAGAGGGAGACAAAGAGUCCCUUGUCCUCCAGGUGAGCGUUCUGACGGACCAGGUGGAAGCUCAGGGAGUAAAGAUCUGUGAUCUGGAAAGCUCCCUGGAGGAACACCAACACAAGCUAAACUCUACAGAAGAGAUGCUGCAGCAGGAGCUCCUUAGCAGGACGUCACUGGAGAGUCAGAAGUUGGAUCUGAUGGGAGAGGUGUCUUACCUGAAACUGAAGCUGGUGGACAUGGAGGAGAAACAGAUUCAUGGAGUAGAGAGGAAACAUAAAGCAGAGAGUGUUGUGAACUUGAUUAGUGAGCUGCAGGAGCAGAUGUGUAGGUUUCAGCAGGAAAUCAAUUGCAGGAUCUGGGAGAAAACAGGCCAGGCUGACAGUAGCCCACAGGAGGCCUGCGACACUGGGUCCACGGAGGCCCAAAACCCAGACCAGGGGCUCGCCUGUGAGGGUAGCCCAGAGGAGGUACAUGACAGUGGGCUGGAGGGGCCUCCUGACGUGAUCCCAGGCGUGGAGAAUUGCUCCAGUACUUCUGAGAAGCAGUGCUGCUGUGGAGAGAGUGUCAUACUUCAAGAGCUCAGACUUUUCAAGGAGAAAGUAGGCCAUCUUGAAGACCAGAAGUCCCAGUAUGAGAGGAGACUCAAAGCAACAAAGGCACAGAUAUCAGACCUCCAGCAGCUCCUGCUCAGUAAGAAUGCUGAGAUAGACAGCCUGCACGCACAGCUCCUGGCCAGACCACUGUCCACUGAGACCUCCGAGAGAGAGGAUAUGUAUAGGAGAAGGCUCAACAAUAAGCACCAGGAGCUCCAAAGGUUAAAGACGGGAAUGGAGGCACUGCUGGUUGCCAAUGAUGACAAGGACCAGCGUAUUGAGGAGCUCACGCUGCUCUUAGUCCAGUGCAGACAGUUCAGAGACGUUGUGACCCCAAGACAAGCUUCACCCACUAUCCUCUCAGUAUCCAAUGAGAGGACUCUGUCGAGCAGUAGUGAGGAAGAGGAGCAUGGAGUGGUGAUGAGGACAGUUCCUCCCAGUGCACUCCCUGAGAACACAAAGACUGAGAUGUCCUUCAGCAGUUCGUCCCCCCAGCUCGUGUCCCACCUGCCAACCCAGAAGGAGAGAGAACUCUGGCCGCAUCCCAGACUUUUAUCAAGCAGUAUGGACAACCUACAGAAUGGAUCUUCACCAAAGAAUGGGCCUGUAGAUAACAGGUGCCAGACCUUGCCGGUGAAGGCCUCCCUCCCAGAGCAUAAUGGAGAGUGCAGUGAGAGACAGAGCCAAAGGUCUCCAGAGGGGAGUGAAGAUGGAGACUCAAGAAAGACAGAGCAAAUGGAUGACACCGCAUCCUCUGACCUUUCACCCCAGUCUUCAGUGGUGGAGUCAGGUCAACAGACUAUUGGCUCACCAGAGCACCUGAAGAACAAUAACAGUAUCAGAAAGCUCUGGGGAAAGAUCAAGCGGACACAGUCAGGGGGUCUGCAGGGAGAGGACCUGGAACCAAACCAGUUUAGGAGAGGGGGGCUGCGUGCCACAGCGGGGCCAAGACUGACCCGGACCCCUGAGUCUGGCAGCUCUGUUUGGGAUAUGAACACUCCAUUCAGCCAGUGGACCAGGGAGCAAGUGUGUGGUUGGCUGGAGGACUAUGGUCUGGGUCAGUACGUCAACCUGACCCGGCAGUGGGUCGACAACGGACAGACGCUCCUGUCUGCAAGGCCACAGGACUUUGAGAAGGAAAUGGGUAUCAAACACCCGCUACACAGGAAGAAACUACAGCUGGCUCUAAGGGGGUUCAGUACUAAAGCCCUGGAAAAGUCCUCUGAACUAGACCACAUCUGGGUUACACGAUGGUUGGAUGACAUAGGCCUUCCUCAGUACAAGGACCAUUUCCACGAGGGACGAGUGGAUGGCAGGAUGCUCCAGUAUCUCACCGUGAAUGACCUGCUUUUCCUGAAGGUGACCAGUCAGCUCCAUCACCUCAGUAUAAAGUGUGCUAUCCACGUCCUCCACGUCAACAAGUUCAACCCCCACUGCCUCCGACGCAGGCCUGGAGAGGAGAGAAACCCCUCUCCCUCAGAAGUGAUCCAAUGGUCCAACCAUCGUGUGAUGGAGUGGCUUCGGGCAGUGGACCUGGCUGAGUAUGCACCCAACCUACGGGGCAGUGGGGUCCAUGGAGGUCUCAUUAUUCUGGAGCCGCGGUUCAGCUCUGAGACCCUGGCCAUGCUGCUGAACAUCCCCCCUCAGAAGACCCUGCUCCGCCGCCACCUGGCCACCGCCUUCACCUCCCUGGUGGGGACGCAGGCCACUCUGGAGAAACGGGAGUAUGCCAACGCCACCGGCCAUGCACCCCUCACUACCACCGCCAAAGUCCGGCCCAAGAAGCUUGGUUUCACCCACUUCAGUCACCUGAGGAAGAGAAGUCCAGAUAAUUUGGUGGACUACAUCUGCCCUAUAGACAGUGGGGGCCUUUCGGCCAUGAAGGGGGUUUCCCAUCGGCCGUACACAGGGGUCCGAGGCCUCAGCCCCAUCCUGGACAGAGAGCCAGAGAGGCGGGAGCAGGUGGGGCCCAAAAGCUGACACUGACGCUCCCCUCAGCCAAUGACUGCAAAUCUUAUGGCUUUUCACCCCACAUGCCGACGUAAACACAUGCUCUCCCUGAAUCAAGGUGCUGAUUCUGUGAUUCUGUGGAAAUUCUAAAGCAGUGAUUUUUUUUUUUUUCGCCAAAUGGUGAUUCACUGGACAAGCUACAGUGUGUGCAUAUAAUGAAUAUCAUCAGGAUGUGCUAAUUGGGUAUUUGCUGGACAUGCUGUAUGAUAAUUAGCUGGAUGUGCUAAUUACUUAUUUGCUGGAGAUGCAUAUUAAGUAACUGACCUGGAUAUGUUGAAAUCAUGACUGACCUGACAGGCUAAAUGAGGAUUCAUAAUGCUAUGGUUGUAUAAUGGUUCCCUUUGGAAGCUGCUCUCUGCAUUCCUGGAAAAAUGAGAUGGAUUGAAUUUUCCUGUCUUCUGCCAUUGCUUCAGAACAGGACCCUUAUGAUGUUACUGACCGUUGUAGCCUUCCUCCUUACCUUGCUGGAUUUAGCUUAGCUAUUAGCUUGGCUGCCUUGAGUUAUGGUACAAAUUAAUACCACUUCUAUAAGCUUCUUUGAUUUAUUUUGUGUUAUAUUUAAUAACUGGCAAAAUCAUAAUACAAGGUGCUCUCAUGAUAAUUCAGGUUUGCACACAAUACUCUACUCAAUUGGCCUAUAAUUAUAUUGAAAAUAAAGAAUAAUUUGCAGGUGAUUGUGUUUUGUAUGCUGAAUGUUUGAUAGUUUAGUUCAUUUUAAUCCUAAAUGCAUUAUUUAAUGUGGUGGAAGGUGGUUGAGGCCACACUAGCCAAUACUGACUCUGAAGCAAAGUGCUCUUGCUGGCUCCACUAUAACACACAUCAUGGAUUAUAGACAACGCUACAGCGGCUUCAAAUAAUUAUUCCGUCAAUGCACACCUGAAUUUACAGCAUUGCUACAUCUGUAGUAUACAAUAGUAUCAUCUGACUGGUAAGCCAUGAAUGCUAAAGUUUUCAGGUUGCUGAUUAAUGUUCCAUCAGGCAUCCACUGAGGACAGUUCUGUCUCUAGCUCAGACACUGAGGACAACAUGGUGAGUUUCAGCAUUGUUUUUCAGAGAACUGAAGAUAUGUUCUGUAUCAUACAGUAUGUAAAUUUCCCCCAUGGUGUUUCAGUGACGCUAUGGCUCAAGUUACAAUGCUGCAGUAGGUGGAGUAUAACUCAGUAUGUUGGACUACUGUUACGUACCAUGCUCCAUGUUAUUGCAACAUUAUGGUCUUCGUUGUAUCCUCAGGUCCAUCAUUAAAGUUAUGCUUUAACUUCUG